AUACGAAAAUAUUUCAUCGCCACAAAUCGUCGCUAUAUUUUGGCAAAUAUACCAAAACUCUUAAAUACAGUCGGCUAACAUUAUUUAAGCGAGUCAAGCGAGAGGAGGGGAUCGAGGGAACACAUUUUCGCCACGAAUUUUGAAUUUUUACUCGAGAUACAGGGCUGAUAUUCAGCAUCAAUCAGAGAGAGAAGAGUGAAACCCCCCAAACGAUGGAGCAGGAUAGAGAUGGAAUGGAGCCAGAGCUGGAUGACAUCUCUGAAGAAGGUGCCGAUGAAGGCUUGAAUGAAGAUGAUAAACCACUGAAAGUAUCUGGAGGCGAUAGCUUAUCAAAGGAGGCAUCCAAACCUGGGAUCGUCUACCUGAGCCGAGUGCCCCCUCUAAUGAGGCCACAGAGAGUCAAGAAGAUCUUCUCGCGAUACGGUGAAAUUGGACGCGUGUUCUUACAAGCUGAAGACAAAUUUAACCGCAAGACCCGUAAAAAGAAAGGCGGUAGUAAAAGCAAGCGUUUCACUGAAGGCUGGAUCGAAUUCAUGGACAAAAAGAUUGCUAAGAGUAUUGCCCUGACAUUCAACAACACUCCAAUUGGAGGAAGGAAACGGAGCAUCUAUUAUGAGGAGCUGUGGAAUCUGAAGUAUCUUCAUCGCUUCCAGUGGGCACAUCUAGCGGAGCGUCUGGAAUACGAACGACAGGUGCGUCAGCAGCGAAUCCGUACUGAGAUCUCCCAGGUCAAACGAGAGACAGGCUUUUACAUGAAGAGCGUGGAACUCGGUGAUCAGUUGGUGAAACAGGAGAAGAAGACGAGAGAGAAAGGCAAGGAGUGGAUAGCAAGAGUUCGAGCUCAUAAACAAAGAGUUACUCAAGAUGAGUUCGAGGACACCAAGCCAAGGAAGUCUGGAAAAGUUUCAAAGAACACUUUGGGAAUGAUCUUCAAGAAAACCAGCAAGUCAUGACAAGACAUUCUGUGUUGCAAGGAUUAAUCAUCGAUAAAUACCUGUACAAACUUUGAAGUUCAUUUCUAUUGCCAGGUAAUAGACUGAUUAGCCUUUGUAAAUUAUUGUAGAUUUGAUACCAAUUCAUGACGAAGUCCUUCUUCGCGAUUUUAUUAUCUUAUUGACAUUAUUAUUUUAUGGAGUCAUGAGUAUUAUUCAUAUGAGGUAGUGUUGCCUUAAUUUGGCAUUUUUUUCCGCAGGAAAAGUAAUUUCCUUUGCCUGUAUUAAUGAGAGGAAAAUAAUAAGGAUUUCAGGAAUAUAUUUUUAGGGUACACUUCUACAACUCAUAUUCAACUUUGUAUACUAAAUUAUAGUCACAGCAAACAAUCAUUCCAUGAUAAAUUCUUUAAAUUCACAACCAAAUGUCCCCAUACCAUCGUACUUGUAGAUUUAGAUCUAGUGAAUUAACGUAAAUGUGAUUUUGUUAAAUUAUGAAAUCUAAGCUGAAAGUGAACUGGGCACACUGAAGAUCGCAAACACAGAUACAAGAGCUGCGAAAGCGAUUGUGAUUUUUUGCAUGGUCAGCCCCCCAAUUUCAAAACCGUUCUGCAGCCCCCAAGAUAAGCAUAUUUAAGAUUCAUGUAUUAUUUCGCUUCAAUACAGACCAAGUAGGUGUUUCAUAAUGCAGUUCAUCAGUUACUCUACAAGUGACAUUACGAAUGACUGGUAACCCUUUCUUGUAGUAAAUGCUAUGAAUAAUGUUUCAUAAAACUGUUCAUAAGUUACAAAUGAGUUUACGAAUGACUAGUGAUCCUUUCCUGUGGUACGAAUAUAUUUUAUAAAAUAGGUGUAUUUUAUUUCAAGCAUCGCGAUUGGCCAAUACGCAUCACAUGACAUCCAACUUCUUUGUGCAUGUACGGCAGUGCAAAAGGUGCGCAACGAAAAUUGACAUUGCACGCUCAAGCAGACCAGUGCGGUAGAAGUCCCGGGAGAAGUCCAACAAAACUGUACUGUAACUUCUUAAGAAUUUGUUUCUGUUAUGUUUUUUUAUCAAACAAAUAAUGCACUUGCUCUGCUGUGCAUAAAAGUAAAUGCAGAGAAAGCUCGGUUUCUUCAGAUGGUGCACACUGGGCACUCGCCGCCAGCGGCUCAUGCACAGUGCGGCACCUAUCUAAAGAAACCUCGCGUGCUCUGCAUUUCCACUAACGUACUCGGCUGCAUGCAUAAUUUGUAUAAUAUGCACCAAAUUUGCAAUGGUGUUAAUUUUGCUCCUCAGAAUGGAUCAGCAGUCAUUUAUAAAGUCCGCUAAUGACUUACCUACAGCUUUAUGAAACAUUAUCCAGUAAAUGAAAUCAAAUGUAUGUACUCACUAUAAGUCUUUAAAGCUAUUCAAAUGAUUCAUUCGUUGUCAUCAAGUUUUCAAUUUAAUUUUUUUAUGCAAUUAUGUGAAUGAAAUUUCAGGUCAUCGGAUCAAGUACAUUCCUUGGUGCUUGUAUGCGAAGAAUAUUUUGUUUCAAGUUUGUGUUCUCUCGUAAAUAUCAGAUAAAAUUUUAGAAGCAUUGGCAUGUUUCCGGGCAAAAGGAGCUCCUACUGACUUACUACAUAAAAUCAUAUUGUAUGAUGUCUGGACAAGAUGACCAAAAGAAACAUAGCCAAUCCCCAGUUCAUGCCUUAAAUGUCAUUUUUUAUGGUAUGGCCACUUUACCUUAGAGCCCUUUCAUUUUUUUUUUCAAUUGAAAAAAUUCUGAAAAAUUGAAAGAAGCACCAACAGUUUCCAGCCAUUCGGUACCACAGGUUAGCCCUAGUGACCUUGAUUAUUAAAUUGUAUAUAUUCAGAAGGUAAAUUUGAAGAAAGUCAAUACAAAGUCAAUACUGCUGCUAUACUGCAUUUUCAUUGAUAAGCUCAUGAACAAAGAUAGACCACAUGGCCUACUAGCAGAUGGUCUAAUUCUUGGAUCUUCUUACACCAUCACCAACAGUGUAAUGUUCACUUAGUCUGUCCAGCGCAGAUGGUCUAAUUUCCACUUCAUCUGUAUAUUGUUUUUCAUAUUGUCCAACAGAAAUUUUGUUCAUACCAGUUCAUCUAAUCACAUAGACUAAGCGGUAUUAGACCAAGUGGAUAUUAGACCAAAUGGGUCUAGCCUUUCUGGGCGCAUCGUGGUCUAGUGGUUCUGACUCUCGCCUUUCAACAGAGGGUCGUGGGUUCGAAUCCUAGCCAUGGCGUGUUUUCCUUCAGCAAGAAAUUUAUCCACACUGCUGCACUUGACCAAGGUGAGGUGAAUGGGUACCCGGCAGGAUUAUUUCCUUGAAUGCUCUGAGCGUCGGUGAUGGUAGCUCGAGCUAAAGCCGGGUUAUAAUAGCAGCACUUUGUAUCCUCAGGCAAAAGCGCUUUAUAAAUCCAGCUAUCAUUAUUAUUAUUCCUGGAUAUAAGACAAAUAAUGGGUUGAAUAGGCUAAAUUGCUAUUUCACCAAGUGGUUAGUAGACAAAUUGGUUGAAGAUGAAAUAGUAUUAGACCAUGUGGUAUGAGAAAAAAAUGGAAAGUAUACAGAGUGGGUGUAGAUUAGACUGAAAAAUCCGCUGUUUCAGAGGAGUUUUUCAACAUUUUAUGAUUUUUCUCAGUCCUCCUGGUGGUAGGGCAUGCCGCAAAGCCAGAGGAAGUCUCCGCUGAGCAUGUCCUGACUGAAAUAGACUGAUUUUUUGUCUUGUGAAGAACAUAAGCCUAUAGACACAGGAUAUUCCUGUUCUGGGUGUUCAUGGUAUAUGGUAACAUAAAUGAAUACUUUGUAAGAAAAUAAGAAUAAAAUAACCCACGAAAUAUAAACAAAAAUCUGCCUAUCGCAAAAGAAUAAUUAAUAUUAAAGUCAUCUAAAUUCAAAACAUACAUAAGAA